UCCCGGCGCGGGGUUCCUCCCACGCAGCUUCCCAUUCAAAAGAUGCCGAAGGGGCGGCGCGGCAGCCAGAGCCCCACCAUGAGCCAGCGGCCGGCCCCGCCCCUCUACUUCCCUUCCCUCUACGACCGCGGCAUCUCCUCGUCCCCGCUCAGCGACUUCAACAUCUGGAAGAAGCUCUUCGUGCCGCUGAAGGCGGGAGGGGCGGCGGCGGGCGGGGCGGUGGCGGGGCGACCCCUGCCGCAGGUGCCCCAGGUUCCGGCGCCCCCGCCGCCGCCACCCGGCCUGGGGCCUCCCGGCGAGCGCCCCUGGCCCCCGCCCUGGCCCUCCGGCCUGGCCUCCAUCCCCUACGAGCCACUGCGCUUCUUCUACUCGCCACCGCCGGGGCCCGAGGCGGCUGCCUCGCCUCUGGCCCCCGGCCCCACGACCCCCCGGCUCGCCUCCGCCUCCCACCCCGAGGAGUUAUGCGAGCUGGAGAUCCGGAUUAAGGAGCUGGAGCUGCUCACCAUCACUGGGGACGGCUUCGACUCCCAGCGCUAUAAAUUCUUGAAGGCACUGAAAGAUGAAAAGUUACAAGGACUGAAGACAAGGCAGGCUCCUGGAAAGAAGUCGGCCUCUCUCUCCUGAGGAGCUGCCCACCAGAGCCUGGGCAGCCACCUCCUUAGGUGUUAGUGCUUAGAUAAUGUGUCCUGUUUGUUGGCAUUUCAAAGGUUAUUUUCUGUUCUGUAUUUCCUGCUGUUCUCAUUGCUCCCAGCAUGUACUCCACAUACAGUGCCCACUUGUGGGGUAAAUCUCAUGGUCUGUCUCCUCUCUGUGCUGCAGCUGGGGGUGGGUGC